AUAGGCGGUACAGCGCGGAGGCAGCGCGACGACUCGACGAUGAUGGGAAAACUCUCUCAGCUCUCGGUCUAAGAUGGCGUAGCGUUUCGCGAUAUCAGACUAACCAUCAACCACUGACCCAGGUCCAGACGCGCGCGACCAUCAGUGAGCAUCAGCGAGUAUCAGCGAGCAUCAGCCAGCGAGCAUCAGCGACCAUCAGCGACCAUCGAGAUCGAGGAGGACGAGAAGAGGGCGAGAAGGUUGCGCCAGGUUACGCGCUUCGUGUGCCGUGCCAAUUAGCGCUAGUCAAGGCCAGAGCGUCAUGGUCAGAGCCAGAGCAGAGCGUUAAGCGUCGAGAAGUAACCGAGUAUAGCCGAGUAUAGCCCGGCUUUAUCGGGCCCAAGCGCGCCACGCACAGCCACGCAGCGCUACGACUGGUUCCCUCUUGUUGGCUGUGUGCAGCAGUGUUACGUACCGCGCGCCACGAAUGUUGCACACUGUAUUUAUAGCGCUCACGCGUACCCCACAAAAAUAGCCACCCCCCCCCCGUCUUCCCCAGCCACUGGUACUCGAGUGUACGCGCAUGUAACGCGCCACGAAAAUGAGUCUACCCUGUGACUGGCAGACUGGCAAGCAAAAACUGUCGGAGCGUGGCCAACAUCUGCUGGAAACUGGACAAUGGUCCGACUGCAAUUUUAUCGUAGGUCAGGAACCCCAGCAGCAGACCCUCAAGGGUCACAAGUUGUUCCUGGCCAUGUCCAGUCCAGUCUUCGAAGCCAUGUUCUUUGGCGGCAUGGCUGAGAAGAACGAUCCAAUACCGAUAAGAGACGUUCAACCCGAUGCGUUCAAGGCUUUGCUGGAAUACAUAUAUACGGACAAAGUUGAGCUAGGUUCUUUUGAAUUGGCCUGUGAGUUAUGUUAUUGCGCCAAGAAGUACAUGUUACCAUCCUUAGUAGAGGAGUGCACCAAGUAUCUGUGGUGUGACCUCUCGCCAAAGAAAGCAUGUAGGGCGUAUGAGUUUGCCAAACUUUUCGAAGAACCCGUACUCAUGGACAAAUGCCUGCAGAUCAUACGCACCAAGACGGACGAAGUAUUGAAGGAGUCUAGCUGGGAAGAUGUAGAGCUGGGGACGCUUCUCAAGGUCUUAGAGCAAGACGACUUGCAAAUCAGCUCGGAGAUCGAGUUAUUUACUGCGGUGGAGCGAUGGGCAAAGUCGGAGUGCUCUAGAAAAUCUCUCGAUCCGACAAAUGGAAAAUCUCUCAAAUCCGUCAUUGGAAAUGCCCUUUUAAAGAUAAGGUUUCUGAGCUUGACACCGCAAGAAUUUGCCGAAGGUCCCGGCAUGUCUCCGCUACUCACGAAAGACGAGGCUUUUGCUAUAUUAAUGAAUAUCCUGUGUACUGGCAACAAGACUCCUAUGCCCGAAGGUUUCUGCAGCACAUCCAAUAGCAGAGCGAAAUCAGCCAAGACUCACUCCGCGAGUCUUGGGCACUCCACGAGUAUGGGACUUCCCAUGAUGACUUCGAGGCACAUUUUUGCUCCUUACGGUAAUUUGAAUAUCCCUAUACGUUCUGGCUUUCUAAACGAUGGAGAGUCCAGUAGCGGUACUCUACGGAACACGUCACCGAUACUGGUGGAUGCGAGCGUGAACAAGGACUCUGGUAACUUGCCCACGACCUCUUCCACAGGAGUAGUCGUACGCGAGGGACCAAAGUAUUAUUGUCUCAGAUCGGUAGUUCAGCAAACUGAUUGCUUAAAUACAAACGUGUUGGAUUGUUCCGUCACGUUCAGCGUGGAUAAGAAUAUUUGUGUGGUUGGUGUACAGGUUCCUACGCAAAUCGCGGCGGCAAGUAAUUUCACUCACGCUAUAGAUGCUGAUACAUCUUAUACCGAAAUUUUGUACGCUCAUCUUCUCGAUUGUGAUGGUACGCGGUUGACGUAUACACAUUUCACUACUAAAGCGAAUUUUGGUACUCUUGUGGAAAUUACUUUCAAUCGACCAGUUUACAUUCAGAAGCAUAAGAUUUACCGAGUUGGCGUGGUAUUUAACAAGGCUGGUUGGUAUCCAGUAGGAGUUUGCGCCCAAAACAUGUCCUGUGAUUCCGUGUUCUUCUCCUUUGGCGUGGGUAAUACUGCACACGCGGUUCGCGACGGUCUUAUACGAUCUAUAGUUUUCACAUAUCAUUAACGCAACGAAUCAGGUGAUAGUUAUAAAAUUACGUUUAUAUAUUUUUUUAUUUAUUGAUAAGACAGAAUUCUACUCUUAUGUUAUACUAUCUUGUUUUUCUAGCUUAUCAGUUUAUUGCAAAUUUUGAAAUUUGGUAAAAAUUGUAUCAUUUGUAUACUCGUAUCGAUUUUAGUUACAAAGAUUAGAAAUUGCUUUCUUCAAUUUAUACUGUCAGAUAAUAUCGGUAUUGAUAUUAUUGUACAAUAUAUGUGCUUUUACAAAAAGAAUCUAAUCUAAAUUUUACUAUUAAUACUUUUAUUUUUAUUGUCAUACAAAUGCUUUACAUACAAAUUCUUUCAUAUUUUGAUUUUUUUAAAUCAAUUAUUAAAAAAUACAUUAUUUGUAAAAAAUAAAAAAUUUUAUAACUUAA